AUGGCUGCUGUGAGAUUGCGCAAGGCAUUUCGGUAUCCGGAGGAAUCGGAUGAGGAGCGUGAGGAGCUGGAUGAGCAGGAGCAGGAACGUCUGAUUCUGCAGUUGCAAAGCCAGAAUGAGGCGCGGAAUAAACAGUACAGUCUGGUAUUCACGGUGAUCCCACUGAUCUCGCUGGUGGCUUUCUUGCCUUCAUUAUUUACGGCACCUGGUCUGGGUGAACGGCUGCUUUCGCUCUUGGGCGUCCUCUCGCUUCUAGCUUCGGCUUAUACGAUGAGACUUGCUCCUUUAUAUCCAGAUCGCAAGGGUAAAAAGCCCCUCUUGGCUGCAGAUGAGCGUUUAGAUUGGAUUCAGUCGGCUUUUAUGCCCGCCAACGGGGCGGUUUGUGUUCUUCUCACUGUUGUUUAUUUGUUCUUGCGCGGAGGAUCCUCAUUUGACAUUCGACCUGUUCUAUACCUGAUCCCAGGAGCUAUGUUGGCAGUUAUACUGCUUGCCAAAGAAACCAUGCUCUCGGUGGAUGUUACGACUCUGAAGGGCCUUCAAUAUGAGUACAAGGGAGCUUAA